CGAUCUGGAUAACCAUCCAUGACAGGUGGUCCCUUAUUUACAGGUGGGACCCGCAUUCUGGCAGACAGGUCGUACUUCCGUGCUCGCGGUGACGCCGCGUCGCCGCCGGCGAUCAGAUCCGGUGCUUCUCGUAGAUAGCGGCGUCGGCGGCGGUCAUGUGGUCGACUGCGGCGUCGUGGUGGGCCCACCACCACAAACGCCUCCUUCUCCCGGCCCUCUUCCUCGCCGCCGCCCUCUUCUUCUUCCUCGCCUCUCCGCGCUCCUCCCCAUCCUUCUUCGCCCUACCAGCCUCCAGGGAGCAUUCGCCGUCGGGGUCGCGGCUCAUAUGGGCGCAGCGGCGGGUGGCGGAGUGGCAGCCGUGCGAGUGGUGGCAGACGGCAAUGCCCGCAGCUCCGUCGACGAGGAAUGGCUACAUCAGGAUAGAUUGCUACGGCGGCCUCAACCAGCUGCGGCGCGAUGUAUGUUAAACUUGGUUUAUCCUCCUUGUAAUGGACUGUGCGAUGGAAUUGCGGUUGCACGUCUUCUGAACGCGACAAUGGUUCUGCCCAAGUUUGAGGUUGCUGCAUACUGGAACGAGUCUAGUGGUUUUGCAGACGUGUUUGAUGUUGAUCACUUCAUUGAGCAAACUAGAGGUUAUGUGGAGGUGGUCAAGGAUAUGCCCGAGGAGAUAUCGUUGAAAGAGCCAUUUAAGGUCGAUUGCCGAAAACAGAAAGGACAUUUUGAUUAUGUAGAAACAGUUCUUCCAGCUCUUUUACAACAUCGAUAUAUUUCUCUGACACCUGCCAUGAGCCAAAGAAAAGAUAGAUAUCCAUCACAUGCGAAAGCUUGUUACUGCCAAGGUUGCUACAAUGCACUCAAGUUGAACAAGAAGGUGGAAGCCAAAGCUAUGGAGCUUCUCCAAGCGAUACCAAAACCUUUCUUAUCACUUCACCUUAGAUUUGAACCAGAUAUGGUUGCCUACAGUCGAUGUGAAUACAGUGCCCUUUCUUCCAAAUCACUGGAUGCGAUUGAAGCUGCACGUGGGGAGGACAGGAAUGUAUUGGUUGGUGAUGCUGCUCAUCUGUGGAGGAACCGUGGAAAGUGCCCUCUAACACCAAGUGAAACAGCAUUUAUCCUCCAAGCACUAGGUAUUCCUACAGAGACAAACAUUUAUUUAGCUGCUGGGGAUGGGUUAAUGGAACUCGACGGCUUCACUUCGAUCUACAAAAAUAUGUAUACUAAAUCAUCUCUCCUGACUCAUGAAGAUUUUGAGAGAAUGCAUGGCAACACAAAAGCUGCUCUUGACUACUAUGUUUCAGUCAACAGCGAUGCUUAUGUUACCACGUUCUUUGGAAAUAUGGAUAAGAUGGUAACUGCAAUGAGAACAAUGCAAGGGCUACAGAAGACAUUGGUCUUGAGUAGGAGGGCCUUCGCAAAUUACACGGCUGCUGGACUGGCAGGGGACCAACUAGCUAAGGCCAUGUGGGAUGCUCAUCGAGAGGAUUAUAUCAUGGGGAGGGGAUUAGCUCUCCCUGAACAUUGCUUCUGUGAGUUCAAGUUGUAGCACAAAUGAGCCCAUAUAACACAAGGGCUAGUCUAUAUAGCCACCUUCCAAUUGGUAGCGCUAAUAGAUCGCAUUGUGGCUGAGUUGCCACUGCAGUGGGCGUCAUGCCCAGUCUUCAGAAGAAACUGCUCUUCAUCAGAGUCGCGAGCUGCACAGCAUCUUGAUUCAGGGAGCAAUUAUCACUCAUACAGCAAUGCAUCAUGGCCUCUCCUCCUGUAUACUAUUUUCGGUGAGUUCAGAUAGUAGCUCAGACAUGUACACACACGCUUACUACCUAGAGAAUCAUUCUGGUGUUCCCUUUUGCAACUGGAUAUAUUGCCAGGCCCCAACUCUUAACAUUUGAGGGGUAUAGAUAGGUUGAAAACAUUGUUCUUAGAUAACCAACGAGCAGGAUUUUUUGGGGAGUAUAUGUAUAAUGUUGGAAUUUUGCAUUGCUCGGAAACUAGCUACUGACCUACUGUCAGGUGGUGUAAUGGCUUGUGAUUAAUCUCAUCCACCACUGGGAAAUACACCAUAUUUACAUAGUUUGUUGUA